AUGGGCUACCCUCAGAUCCUCAAGCCUGCUCCGGAGUGGAGCGCUACCGUCGUCGAGGACGGCGAGUUCGUUGAGAAGAGCAGCAAGGACUACCUCGGCCAAUGGGUCAUCCUCUUCUUCUACCCCAUGGACUUCACCUUCGUCUGCCCGACCGAGAUCCUCGCCUUCAACGCUGCUCUCCCGGCCUUCAAGGCGCUCAACACCUCCGUCCUUGGUGUCUCGACCGACAGCAAGUUCACUCACUUCCAGUGGGCCACCACGCCCCGCUCGCUCGGCGGUCUCGGCCCGGAGGCCAACGGCCAGGGCGCGUCCCUUGCCGUCCCUCUCAUCGCGGACAAGAACCACAAGAUCUCGACUGACUACGGCUGCCUGCUCGAGGACGAGGGCUUCCCGCUCCGCGCGACCUACCUUAUCGACCCCAAGGGUAUCCUCCGCCAGUUCACCGUCAACGACACGCCCGUCGGUCGUAGCGUCGAGGAGACGAUCCGCCUGAUCAAGGCGUUCCAGUUCACCGAGGAGCAUGGCGAGGUCUGCCCUGCCGACUGGUCCGAGGGUGCCCUCACGAUCAAGGCUACCCCGUCCGACAAGCUCGCUUACUUCGGCGCGGUCGCCAACGGUAACGCCAACGCCAUGCCCACAGAUUGA